AUGUCCACACCACUGGAGGAGGCGAUGGACACCUUGAUCAGGGUUUUCCAUCACUACUCUGGCAAAGAAAGAGACAGAUACAAGCUCAGUAAAGGAGAACUCAAGGAACUCCUCACCAGUGAGCUCACUGACUUCCUUUCAGGCCAAAAGGACCCCCUUCUGGUUGAUGAGAUUAUGAAAGAUCUGGACUCCAAUAAAGACAAUGAAGUGGAUUUUAAUUAAUUUGUCAUUCUGGUCGCUGCUUUGACUGUGGCAUGUAAUGAUUUCUUCAAAGAACAGCUAAAGAAUGAGGGAUUUUAA